UCGGCAACUUUAUGAGCGUAAAGUUUACAAGAUCACGUCCUCCAUACUAAAAAUAAUCGGAGAUACAUUUAUGGGCAAUCUUUUUAUCUCAUAUCCACUUCACUGGUUACAUAUCUACAAAUUCACUUGAAGGUCAAUAGUCAACGUCAGAGUAGUUUCAACGUAAACGUAAACAAGUUAUCUUGCACAGCACCGUCAAAACAACACUAACAGAUGAAGAUAAAGAACAUUUCCUCCUAACCACACUGAUAACCAAUAUAUAAGACAAUAAAAUCUUCGCCCAAACACCAGUCCCAUUUCCAACUUCACCAUGAAGCACAUCAAAGAUGGAGCCACCGACUCCAGUGUCAAAAUCAAAGAGGAAAUGUACGAUCAGUUCGUAGACAAAACAACUGGCCAGUCUAGCCCCAUUUGGAAGAUAACAUGGGUGAAUUCCAGCAAAGUUUGUGUUGAAGUUAUAACAUACGGAGCUACCAUAACCUCUAUCAAAAUACCAGAUAAGAAUGGAGUAGUUGAAGAUGUAGUUAUGGGUUUCAAGGACCUUAAGGGUUACCAAAACCCGUUGAAUCCUUAUUUUGGAGCUACCGUCGGCAGGGUAGCCAACAGAAUAGGACAAGCGAGGUUUACCAUCAACGGUACUACCUACGGUGUGUCUCCAAAUUUGCCACCACAUCAACUUCACGGUGGCUUCAGAGGUUUCGAUAAGGUCAAUUGGCAGCACUAUAUCGAAGGGAAGACAGUUGUGAUGAGCUACCUGUCCAAGGAUAAAGAGGAAGGGUUUCCAGGAGAUGUUAUCACAAAUGUAUCCUUCAGACUUACCGACUCCAAUGAGUUCUUGGUUGAGUUUAAGUCUUACACCACCAAACCAACGUUUGUCAACUUAACCAAUCAUUCAUACUUCAACCUUGCAGGUCACAACAAAGGUGCUGUAGAGCUGUACAAACAUGUGGUCUCAAUAAACGCAGAUCAAACUACAGCUGUAGACAUAGAUUCAAUACCAACUGGUAAACUCCUACAAGUUGGUGGUACAGUUUUCGAUCUUAGGAUUCCAAAACAACUAGGAAGUGUUAUCCAUAAAGUACCUGACAUAGGUGGUUUCGACCACAACUUCUGCAUCACCAAAGGAGAGUACCAAGGUGACUGUUUCAUAGCCAGAGUACAUCAUCCAGGUUCUGGAAGAGUGUUGGAGGUGUAUUCGAACCAACCAGGGGUGCAAUUUUAUACUUCUAACAGUAUUCCUGAUGAUCCUAAGCAUUACAAAGGGAAUGUGAAAGAUUUGAAGACUAUUAUUGGGAAGGAUGGUCCAUAUUAUAAGCAUGGGGCACUUUGUCUGGAAACACAGAAUUAUCCUGAUGCUAUCAACCAUCCAGGGUUUCCGAAAGCUGUGUUGAACCCUGGGGAAACUUAUCAUCAUACCUUGACCUAUAAGUUUUCUAUUGAUAAGUAACAUUUUAGUGUUGAUUUUUGUUGCGUGAAGAAUAUUAUUUUUGAAUUAUUUUAUUCUCUAUGUAUUAUAUAUAAGUGUAAUGAAAUUUUGAAAUUGA